AUGAACAAGAUGACGCCGUUCAAGAAUCUCCACAGCAGAGAGUACCGUGUUCAUCAGAAAGAGGUGCGGUCGGUGGCCUGGAACUUCACCGGGACCAAGCUCGCCUCAGGUUCCGAGGAUCUGACCGCUAGGGUUUGGCACAUUGAGCCUCAUGGAAAUAUGUCGCAGCGAAACUUUGUUGAUUUGAAGGGGCACAAGGAGAGUGUGGAGCAGCUGUGUUGGGAUCCGAAGCAUGCCGAUUUGGUUGCUACUGCCUCUGUGGACAAAACAGUUCGUCUGUGGGAUGAUCGGACCGGGAAGUGUGCGCGGCUAGUGAAACUUAGUGGCCCUAACAUUAACAUUGCGUAUAAACCUGAUGGCGAACACAUAGCUGUUGUUAAUACGAACAAUGAAUUGACUAUUUUGGAUGUUCGGGGAUUUAAGCCAAUUCACAAGAAGAAGUUCAAUUGCGAGGUUAAUGAAAUUGCUUGGAACAUAACAAGUGAUAUUUUGUUCGUGACAACUGGAAAGGGCAUUGUUCAAGUACUAUCAUACCCAUCUCUUCAACCACUUGACAAUCUCACGGCUCACACAGCUGGUUGCAAUUGCAUUGCAAUUGAUCCUUGUGGAAGAUAUGUUGCUGUUGGGAGUGCCGAUUCCUUGGUCAGCCUAUGGGAUAUCUCAGAGAUGCUCUGUGUGCGAACUUUUACAAACAUUGAAUCUGCUGUGAGGACAGUAAGCUUCAACCAGAGUGGAGAGUAUCUUGCUUCUGGUAGUAUAGACUGUUUCAUUGACAUAGCAAAUGUGCAAACUGGGCGUACAGUGCAUCAAAUUCCAUGUGGGCCUGCCGUGAACAGUGUUGACUGGAAUCCUACAAGCAAUCUACUUGCAUAUGCUGGGGAUGACAACAUCAAAGGUAUUGUUAGGGUCUUCGGCUUCACAAGCGCGGGCUAAUCAUCUCUGUUGCUUCUUUAGGUUCUUUUGGAUUGUAAUUGCAACCACCAUAACAUUUACUUAACUAAUUGCUCCACUGUUGUAAGCUUGCAAACUCAUCAGCUCAGUUCUUUGGGGUGCUUGACCAUUUGCUGCCUCUGACCACCGUUAGAUUCUUUUUCACACUCAUCUUUUGGCUUGUAUGGAGC